UGGGUUUCAUUGAAAGAUCGCUCAGAGUUGACUUUCCGUUCGAUACCUUGGCCAGUUUUAAGGCAGCCGUCUUUGCCAGAAGACCUUACCACGAACGCAAUUGGCGCCUUCGUCCUCUCUCCUGUUCACUCAACUGAUAAGAGUACGCGUGAUCGGCUGAAGGAGCAACUCUUGCGGUGGCAUCCCGAUCGUUUUGAAAGCAAGUGGCUGUCAAAGGUGCAUGCGGAAGGGAAAGAGGCCGUACGUCAAGCCGCUGGGCAUGUCGUGCGCGGUCUGAAUGAACUCAUGGCGCGCGAGAACAGU